UGUAAUAAAUACAUUAUGUGGUACACUAUUGAUAACCAAACUUUGGUAGAUUCAACCUAAUUUGUUAGUUUUUCCUUGUGGUUAAGAAAAGCUCACAUAAAAACUUAGCAAUGUACUUUUUUCAUUCAUGUGUCAGAUGCCAAUUGUUCUAUUUGAGUUGUUGACUUUUUUUCCUCGCGCGCGCGCGCCCCUCGGCGGCAGUUCUUGAGACACGUCCGUAAAUAUUUAUUUGCAAAAAAUUGUUAUAGUGACAUUUUUAAGUUGUAAUGUAUAUACCCGUGGGGCCUGCAGUACGUACUUUAAAAUUGUGAAUACAGAACUAGUGAUUAACGCUUCAAUUAGUGAUAAAAGCAAAAACAGUUUUUAAACAAGACAGUUAUUGUGACAAUGAUACUUCAAAACCAGCUGUGAGUCAUCAGAUGAUCUAUGUUUACCCGCCCAUCAACUCACAAUCAAUUUCGCAUUAGGCGACAAAUUUCGUCGCUACAGUAUCGCAGAGGACAGCCAAGCGGUCUACGGCGUUGACUCAAAUACUUACGUCCAUGGUUCAAGUCUCGACAGACCUGAGCGAUUUAUUUAUUUUUUUUUUUCUUUUUGUUUUUUUUUUCUUUCUUUUGCAAUUUUAAGGCCAAAUAUGGAGUUUGAAUGCGCUAAAUGCAAAAACAAAAUAACGAACAAACAAAAAUUGAUGUGUUCCUGUUGUAAAAAAAUCUUUCACAUAGACUGUGCGAAUGUUUCUUUUGGUCGAUUCCGCAUUAUGACGCAAGAGAACAAAUCUAAUUGGAAGUGUACUGUAUGCAUUAACAAGUUGCGUAAAAGAGAAUCCUCGACUUCAAUUAAAUCGCCCAUUCCAACAACAUCUUCAACACCUACAACAUCCAUAAAUCGCAGCCUGAUGAAAGAAUAUGUCACGGUACGAAAUAAUCAAAAUUGCAGGAUUAACCUGGAAACUACUAAUUCCUUUGAGUCGUUAUCAGAUGAGGCCGAGGAAGAUCUGGAAAGUCACAUCCAAGAAUCUUUACAAAACCUGAACAGAAGCUGUCCGGAAAAACUAUUGACAGAUGUAAACAGACUUGAACUACUAGAAAAGGAAAAUAAAUUGCUUCAAGAAAAAUUAGAUAUUGCCGACAACGAAAUAUGUAACAUAGUACAGGAAAAUGCCUCUCUAAAAAACAUAAUAAAAAAUUACGAGCUAAAAAUAAAAAAGCUUACCCACAUAUGUAGUGGCUCGCCGUGUUCAAAGAGGAUAAUUAAUACUUCUUUUAGGGGGAAAAGACAGAGAUUAAAACAAAACCAACUAGAUUUCACUUUGGACCCACAAAAUUUACUUCAGUCGCAAACUACAUCUAAACUAGAUCAGUCAUCACAACUAGAAAUCAUAGAUGGCGCCACCAGUACCAAUCUUGAAUUACCAUUUUCGAACCAAAGACCUAAAAUAUACAUCUUUGGCGGAGAACAAGCUUGUGGUUUAACAAAAAGAAUUAUGAAGACCAGGAACGGAAAGUGGAACGACAUAUAUGAUGUACACGGAUUCAUCAAACCCAACGCAACUUCGAAACAAAUUUUAAGCAGCUGUAAUAAUUUAUCCUCUAUCUCUAACACGGACAUUAUUGUUUUAUCUAUAGGCACAAUGGACAAAAAUCCAUACAUAUUGAAAUCUGAUCUAUGUAAUAUCUUGUCUAGAUUUAAGGACAACAAAAUUAUUUUAAUGAGUACACCAUAUAAUGAAUAUCUUAAUAUAAAAAAACUUAAUUAUGAAUUAGAAUUAAUUGCAAUGAACUAUCCUAACUGUAAAUUUUUACAUAUUGACUACAACUAUAAAUCAUCUCGCCUCCUAGAAUUUAUUGCUACUAAAAUUAAUGUCGAAAUUGACUAUCCACAAUAUGUUUGCAAUUUUAUCACAAAUAUAUCAACGUUGUACAAAAAUUAUAAAUAUGGUGCAAAUAUCACAAACUCAGUAAAUAAGGGUUAUCAUAAGUUCCAAGUCCAAAAAAAAAUCACUGAUUAUUUUACAGAAAAAAAUGCUCUCUGUACAAUAAAGAAAAAAUUCAAACAAAAAAACAUCCUUGACUAUUUUAGUACAGUAAAUGAUAAUGUCAACAAGUCAUCAAUAAUUACACAAUCCCAAAACAACACAUUUCACACAGGAAAGUUUUUUCGAGAGCAGUAAAUUUGAUACAUUAUAUAAAAAACAAGACUCGGCGCACUUCCAGUUAACUACUGUUUUUUAUCAGAAUGUGUGUGGCUUAAAUUCAAAAAAAGAUCAAAUUGAACUUUAUAUAGAAAACUUAGUGGAUAAGCCCAGUUUUGUGUGUAUUUGUGAACACUUCUUAGACAUUCACUCUGCUCCAAUGCUAAGUUUCACAAAUUAUGACUUAGUAACACUUUUUGUAAGAACGAAUAAGACUAGGGGAGGAUCACUGAUUUUAGCUAGUAAAGGGAGAAGUGUAGAGGAGGUAAACAUAUGUAAACAACUAAGCAAAACUGAACACUUCGAACUAUGUGGUAUUAGAGACAAGGAUACUAAUUUGUAUAUAUUUUGUGUUUAUAAUAAUAAUACCAAUUUCAAUGAGUUUAUUGUAAGAUUUGAACUAUUUUUACAGCGCUUCUUCAGUAAGAAAUGUUUAAUAACAGGAGAUUUUAAUGUGGACUUACUGGCAGAUAGUGCUAACAGGACAGAAUUUUUGAACUUGCUGACUUCUUAUAAUUUUAGGUAUUUAGUUGACGAAAUAACAUUCACUAGAAAUGGAUCAGAAUCUUGCAUAGACAAUAUUUUGACUAAUCUGCCUGAAGUUACUCCUAUUUCGACUGAAGUUGACCAUAAUGGACUCUCAGAUGGACAUGCGUGUAUAGUUGCUAAUAUAAGUGAUAGUGGGAAUACUGAGAAAUGGCGCGAAAACGUAGCAUUCGUUGAAAAAAGGUGUUUUAAUAAGGUAAAUGAGGCGUAUUUCAGACAAGAACUAUUGCGUGUAGACUGGACGAAAUUAGGAAUUAACACUUUCAUUCAAACGCUAGUUAACACUUUUAAGAAAUGUUUUAGAAAAAAGAAAAGGAAAAUCAAUCGGAAUAAACAUGGCAAGGUAAAUUGGAUCACAAGAGGUAUACGAAUAUCUAGUAAAAUGAAACGAGUCUUAUGCAUACUAGACAAAAACAGUAAUCAUUCUAGCAUUUAUGAAUAUAGACGUCGUUAUCUUAAUAUAUACAAAAGGGUUAUAAGAUCUGCAAAAAGACUUAGUGUGCAAUCGGUGGUAACAAAACACAUUAACUCGAAUAAACGUGUUUGGGGAAUUGUUAAUGAGCGUUUAAAUAGAAAGAAAUCUGAAAACCAGAACCCAAUGACCCUCAAAAUUGACGACAAAUUAAUCACGGACUCACAAAGUAUAGCUGAUACCUUUUCAUAUAUAUUUGAUAGUGGAAAACAACAGUCUAUUGGAGAUGUAAACAUAUCGGAUGUACUUCUAAAUAAUUAUGGUAAUAAAAUUUUACACACAUGCGAUUUUCCAGCCGUAACCGAAGCUGAAAUUAUCGAUGUAGUUAGGAAAAUGGAAAAUAAAAAAUCUUCGGGGUACGACGACAUUCCAAUAUCAAUAAUCAAAAACAAUAUUGACAUCUUAGCGUGGCCUAUAGCAAAUUUUAUAAACAAUUGUUUUGAAGAUGAAAUAUUCCCCGAGCAAUUGAAAAUAGCAAAAAUAAUUCCCAUACUUAAAAAAGGCUCUAAGUUAGACCCACUAAACUAUAGAGCGAUUGCUUUGCUGCCUAUACUUUCUAAAAUAUUUGAGAACAUCAUUAAAUCGAGACUACUUAGACACUUGAAAGCUAACAAUAUUUUGAAUGAAAGGCAAUACGGCUAUCAGGAAGGUAUUGGUACAGCUAAUGCUAUGGACACCAUUGUACAUGACGUAACUUCUAAAUUAAACGAGAAAUUAAAAGUUGCUGGCAUCUUUUUGGACCUUAGUUCUGCUUUCGAUUCAGUGGACCACGAAAUCCUUGUAAGAAAAUUGGAUUUUUGUGGUAUUCAGGGCAAAACUUUAAACCUUCUUAAGUCCUACCUCAGCAACCGGCAACAGUAUGUUGAGGUAGGAGACUCUAAGGGAGAGUUUUUGAAUUCCAUAAAAAAUUCAAAAAUGCAUAAAGUGACUAGGGGAGUCCCACAGGGCUCAAUUUUGGGACCAAUAUUGUUUAUAAUUUUUAUCAAUGAUUUAAUAAAUUACAUGACAACUUUACAAUCUGACAUUAAACUAGUAAUUUUUGCCGAUGACACAAAUGCAGUAGUUUGGGGUAGUGAUAUUGACGCUCUUAAUAGAAAGAUAAAUAAUAUUCUAACAUUAUUUCAAAAUUGGUUUACAGCUAAUAACCUAAAACUAAAUGCAUCCAAAACCAAUGUAAUGUUAUUUAAAACGACGGCUAACAAUAGAGAUACCCUUGUUGUAAAGUUAGAAAAUGUAGUUAUUGAACCAGUGACAGCAGUGAAAUUCCUCGGUAUUCAAAUUGACAAUUUGUUGAACUGGAAGCCUGAGUUAAAGGCCGUGGAAAAUAGCAUCAACAGUGCUUGCUGUGCACUGAGAACCUUACGGGAUGAACUCACGGUGGAUCAACUGAAAUCGCUAUACUUUGCUCUAGUUGAAUCUAGGCUGCGCUAUAGUAUAAAAUAUUGGGGUAGAAGCUACGAUUACAACAUUAAUAAAGCUUUUGUAGCGCAAAAGAGAGCCAUACGCACCAUGGUCCGUAUACCACCAUGGGAGUCAUGCGUGGAACAUUUCAAAAGACUUCAAAUAUUAACCGUUCCCUCCUUAUAUAUUUUUGUGAUUUUAACAGACUUUAUUAAAAACAGAGCUAUUUUUGAGACGGAAGAAGAAAUAUUAUUACGCGAAAGUACUAGGCGAAAGGACUUAACUCUAAAAGUUAUACCUGCUCUGCAAAUUGUAAAGCACUGUGCGCGUCAUCAGACCAUAGGUUUAUUUAAGGCUAUUAGAACCUUCAAUUCCUGAAAAUCAUGUAAUUUGUAAAGCCUACUCCUCAGUAACAGGUGGUCAGAAAAAGUCAAAAAAAAUAUAUGUGGAACAUCUGUUCAAGUACUAAAUUUGGUACAUUUAUUUUUCCUCUAUGUCAUUAUAGUACAUAUUUAAAAAGAAACUACGAGACCUCGAUUUUUUGUUUGACUUCCCUACUGUUCCUAAACGGCUACGAUAUCCGUAAAUAUUUUUACAUUAAUCAAAUUAAAAUCUUUUGUUCUUUUAAUGGUACAUAUAUUUUGCAAAUCGAACAAUAUUUUCUUUUCUAAUAUAUCGAUUUAUAGAAAUUUCGUGCAACGUGGUCUGCGCGGGAGGUGGCGCGGGUGCGGGCGGCAGUCUGCUGCUGGCAUUGAGACGAGGAGGUUGUGUCGCUCGGUGCCAAAUUUGCCAAAGGCGAUAAAGCUUGUUUACUCUUUGCACGUGUGCGUUGAAACAAUACAUUUUUGUAAGAGUGUGACUAGAGAGUAGUGAUGUGAUCUGCGCGUGGACGCUAAAUGUACCUACCCAUGUGGUGUUUUUUUUACUUUUAUGAACCUUAUAUUUUUAACUGAUUGUUUAUUUUAUUGUUACGUGCUUAUAGACACUUGAUGUAUUUAAUUGUUUAAACUGCUAAGUAUAGUAUCAAAAUGCCUCGAAAAAGUCAAUCGAAGAAAAAACGGGCGGAGAAAGCAUUGAAAAUGCACACAGUUAUACGAGCAAGAAAAAAAGUAUCCGCAACGGAAGACAACGACAAUGAUUGCAGUAAAAUUUCACUAAACAUACUUAAAGACUCGAUUCAGACAGAAACGUCUUCAGAACCAGUCCAGUCUCCAAGUGUCUCACAAGUUCAAGAUCCAAUACCUACACAAGACUCGGUUGAACACCUAACGAUUGAAAUUUCCUCACCACAAAAAUUACCAAGCUCAUUCGUUGAUGGUCGGCGUAUAAUUGAUAUUUGUUAUUUCUAUACACGAUUGCAAGACAUUUCUGAACAUGGUUCUAUGAAUUGUGGCUUAGGUUGUGUUGAAAUUGUAGGAGAACGGCAAGUUGGACUAAAUUCUAAAUUUACGUUGAAGUGUAAAAUGUGCAAUGAAAGUUUUUACUUGGAAAAUAAUCCUCCAGGAGAAAUAAAUAUAAACAGCUGCGCAGUUGCAGGAACAAUAGCUAUAGGUUGCGGACACUCCCAACUUCAGGAACUUUCUGCAGCUUUAAAUUUACCUAUAAUUACACCAAAAACAUAUAAAGCAUGCCAUUGCAAGUUAACAACGUAUUGGGAAAAAGUUUCCAUAGAAUCCAUGAAUGCAGCAGCACAAAAAGAAAGAAAUAUGGCUUUGGCUGAAGGACGAGUGGAUAAAAACGGUAUCCCAAUAAUUGAUGUGAUUGUAGAUGGAUGCUGGUGUAAAAGAACAUAUAAAAAAAAUUACUCAGCAUUGUCCGGAGCUGCUGCUAUAAUCGGCAGAAAGUCUGGAGAGGUGUUGUUUUUAGGCGUGAAAAAUAAAUAUUGCUCCAUAUGUGCACAGGCCGAAAAAUCGAAUAAAGUAGCAAAACAACACAAAUGCUACAAGAAUUAUAACGGCCCGUCUACAGCCAUGGAAUCCACAAUCCUGGUUGAAGGUUUCAAGUGCUCCAUAGAGAUGCAUAACUUGAUUUACGGAAGAAUGGUAUCAGAUGGGGAUUCCAGUACACAUGCACAUCUGUUAAAAAAUCGACCAUAUUCUCAUAUAACUAUUGAAAAAAUCGAGUGCCGCAAUCACCUACUUCGAAACCUUUGCAACAAACUGACAGCUUUGCAAACUGAUACAAAGUUUAUAUUAAAACAUCGCAAAGUGAUAACUCAAAAAAAAAUUAUGAUCCUGAGAAAAACUGUUCGAACAAUCAUAAAGACACAUAAAGCGGAUUCAGAAUCGGAGCGAAGAUGUAACAUUGAAUUAUUGUACAAUGACCUACUUUUGGCCCAUUUACAUGCCUUCGAUGACCAUAGCAGAUGUAAGCCCAUUUUCUGUAACGUUGGCGACUGUGAACCACAAUCUACAGAAUUUUACACUUGCACACUUUGGUCCAGAAUUUGUACGUUGAUGUCCAAUCUUGCAUCACACGCCCCCAGCUUGAUUCACGAUAUUGACAGCAAUACGGUUGAACGAUAUAAUAGUAUAGUAGCAAAGCUAGUAGGAGGAAAACGUAUAAAUUUCAGCAAACGGGGCUCAUAUCAGACAAGGUGUCACGCUUCUGUUGUGUCAUUUAACACUCACAAAGUGAUAUCCUCAGUCUACAAAUCCAUGACAGGUCGUAGUCCUCGGGGGAGUAUUAAAAAAUUAGAAACCAAUAGAAUGAAAAGAGCAAUGCUGAUGAGAAAAUUUUCAAGAAAGAAAAAUAGGAUGCUUUUCGCCAAGGGAGAAGACAGAAACUACGGAGAUAAAUGCGAAAAGCCAGAUAUGCCCUCAGAUAUAUUUGAAAAAGAGAAAGAUACGUUUUUACAGACUUUAGUCAAAACAAAAGAAGAAAAACAAAAAAUAGAAAGAGAUACUGUACUGCAGAGCUCUUGUAGCGAAUGGUUAGAAUUACGGCGCAAAUUAUUGACUGCGUCCAAUUUCGGAAAAGUUAUAAAGAGGCGCAAUGAUGUUAGCUGUCACAAUAUUGUCAAAGACAUCAUUUAUAAAGGGUCUUUAUCACACAUUACAUCCAUAAAACACGGAAAAGACAACGAACAGACGGCGUUACGACAAUUAGAGGUUCAAGAAAAUAUAAAAAUAAAGUCUUGUGGUCUUUAUAUAGACGAGGAAUAUCAUUUUCUUGGAGCUACACCCGAUGGUGUGAUUGACAACAAAACAAUUGUUGAAAUUAAAUGUCCCUUGAGUGCCUAUCAAAAAGACAUUAAAACAGUUGUCAAAAGUAAUAAGCUCCCGUUUUAUAAAUUAAGCAAUGAAGAUAAAUUAAUUAUAAAUAAAACCCACAACUGGUACUAUCAGGUGCAAGGGCAAUUGCACAUAACAAAGAAAACAAAAUGUUUAUUUGCAAUUUGGACAGGGGAUGACAAUAAACUAAAAACAGAGAUUAUUUUGAAAGAUGAUGAAUUUUGGUUGAAUGUGAUGAAAGAAAAAUUGAUAACUUUUUACACAGAGUGCAUGCUGCCAGAAUUAGUUGACCCAAGGAUCCCACGAAAUAUGAAAAUCCGGGAUCCUGUUUAUAUACAGGAAGCAAUCGACAAUAAAGCGGCAAAAAUUAAACCGAACGAAAAAGAAAAUCAAAAGAAAAGUAAUAAAAAUACAGAUGCUGAAAAAACGAAACCAUUAAAAAGAAAGUGUGAAAAUAAACAAACAAGCGUAAACCAUGCGGGUAAUAUUGAAACUGAAGCCACAGAAGUACAAAAUAAAAAGCAGAAGAUUGAAGAAAAUCUUAAUACUGAACAUGACCCAUGUGAUCACGAUCAAAGUUUACCAGUUCCUAAUACUAAUUAUUUAUGGUUCGAUAGCGAUACAAGUGAUGUUGUGAGAAAAUUAAACUUUACUGAAUUUUAAUUAGCGAGUUUCAUUCAAAAUAUCCCAGCAUCUCUAGUAUACUAAAUAAAAGUGCUAAUGCAGGCAGGUAGGCAAGGUAUUACAUAUAGGGUAUAUUAAUUACUUUGUGGUUAUACCUACCAUAUAAUUAUGCUUUAUAGCAAAUAAAAAUUAUAUGAGAUGAACUUAUAUUUUAUAUCAAGUAAAACAUAUACCAAAUGAUCAUUAUGCCUCUUUACAAUAUUAAAUAUGUAAAUUCCAAAUAAAAAAUAUAUCAUAGGAGCGGUAUGUCAAUUACAAAUUAAUUUUUUGUUAUUAUUUCUAGUGAUACCCAUCCCAAAAAACUGAUAUUUAUUUAUCGUAAAAGUUCGAAAUGAGACGCACAUAUUUUUUGUUAUUAUUUCUAGUGAUACCCAUCCCAAAAAACUGAUAUUUAUUUAUCGUAAAAGUUCGAAAUGAGACGCACCCCAAAUAAAUGCUAUGGCGGCAAUGAAACUAUUUAAACUUUCAAUAUUUAGACACCGACAUCUAACAGACGACAUCUAUCAACUCAAGUAAUAGGCAGUAAUGUGUAGAACGCGCUUCUGUUCUUUCUGCGGCCGUGUAUUCUUUGAGCGGUGUUUUCGUGCGGGGAAGGCGGCGGUGCGCGGGAAGUGUGGGCUCAAAUGUCCAAGGCCAUUGAGGACUCUAAUCGCCUUAAUAAGUUGCCAAUUGAACUCAAGUCAGAGAGAAAGCUUUCUAGAUUCAAAAAUCAACUCAGAACAUUGCUGCUAAACAAGAGCUGUUAUAAUGUAGAUGACUUUUAGGUAAUUUAUUGUCUAUCUAUCUGUAACUGAUAUGUAUUAAAAAUUAAAAAAAAAAAAAAAAAAAGAAAUUGUUAUUAUAAAUUGUAUUUUGUAAUUCUAUUUGUUGGCAUUUAAGUGUUAAAUUGAUUUUAUUAUACUAAAUUAUAAUUACUAGUUUUAAGUUACAAUAUUCGAAUGCAAUGUAAAUUGUUUUUAUGAAUAAAUUGAAUUGAAUUGAAUUGUGUAUUUAAACA